UAUCAGAUUGUUAGAAGGAGGAAACCAUUUGAUGCUAAUCCACUGGGCUCGGGAAAUGGGAUGGUGAGAUUGGAUAAAAAGGGGAUGAAAAAGAGGAGUUCGAGUUCUGCUCUUGAGUAAUUGGUUGGUUGGUUGGUAGGAUUGCAUAUGCUAUUAUUUGUUCUUCAUGUGGAAAGGUUCGAUGAAGUGGAGCACACGCGGGUUGUGGCAGUCGUUUUCUAUGUGAUGUUGUGCAAGAGGCUUGUGAUUCGUGCUACAUCAUGUGUCACAGUGGUAUCCUUUUGCUUGGAACCAGGUUAAACCGAGACACUUGUACAUGUGCUAUCACGCUGUCAUACUGUGAUAGAGCGGUAAAGAUGUGUUCAUAUACUGUCCCAGCGACCGCUCCGAAAGAUUUGAUGUCAAGAGGUCUAUCAUCAUGUCGGUUUCACCCCUUGAUUCAGCAUUCUGGCAGCCCGAGGGACCGCAUCAACGUCAAGACUCUAUCCUUCUGAACAAGAUCAGUCAUGAGAGCCGACAAGACUGGGAGUACUGGCCACCUGUAGAUACCAGCUACCCUCCACAAUCGAGUCGAUCCUUGUCACAAGACAGACAUCCACUAGCGACCCCUGAAUCCGACCACGAACCCGGGACCGAUGGCUUGCAAGAUUCGACCGAGACUUCCGUACGACAGAGCUGUAGAUGGAGACAAAUCAUAAAAGACUGGUGGGCAGAGAUCCUCUGGCUCGGUUUUGCAGCCUUCAACCUUGGUGUCAUAAUUGUUGGUCUCUACCUCUUGGACGACAAACCAUUGGCAGGCUGGCGUUUCUCAAUCUCUCCAAAUGCCGUGGUCUCAGCUCUCAUUGUUGCUACGAAGGCAGCUUUGAUAUACACAACAGCUUGUUGCAUCGGGCAGCUAAAAUGGGAUCACUUUCAGCAUGGUCGACAGCCGCGUUCUGUCUACGAUCUGAAGACUUUUGACGAAGCCAGUAAAGGACCAUUGGGAGCUUUGAAAUUGGUGCUCAAAUUGCGAUCAAUCUCAGGUAUCGCUUUGUUCGGAGCUUUGGUCGUUGUCGCUGCCAUUUUCAUGGAGACCUUCGGACAGCAGAUUUUGGUAUAUCCGAGCAGGAAUGUUGCAGCCAAUGAUUCGCUGGCAAUGUUUCCCGUUACGCAACAUCUUGCUUCUCAAAACUCUUGGUAUCUGGAUUAUACCAUGAUGAGCGAUUUGCAAAAGUUGCUCUUGACAGCAAUCUUUCGAGGAAGUGUGGCGCCAGAUUUCGAAUGCUCGACCGCAGAGUGUACUUGGAUUUCUUCAGCUACCCUUGGAAUCUGCUCGAAGUGUCGAGAUAUCACGGAUGUCAGCAAUGGAAGCUGCAAAGGCGACUCGAGAUUGCUGGACUGCUCGUUCGUUACACCUGGAGGUAUGAAGCUAGGUGGAAAUGUUCAGCCUGGUGGACCAAUGCCGCUGAUCAAUACCACGACGGUAGAUGGUGUAUACGAUGCAACGCCCAGCUUCUACAACUUUUCGACGCUUGUAGUGGCUGAGAGCACAAAUUGGACGGCCAAGUUGACAGAGUGCGAACUGUCAUGGUGUGCUUGGACAUAUAGAAAUGCGACAUCGAGGGGUACGGAUCUCGACCUCGGAGCUACAGGACAGUUUCCGCUCCAACUUGCAGGUACAUGGGACAGGAUAAACCAGACCUCGAAUCUUGUGGACACUCAAAGUGUUUUAACGGCGUCUGGCGACUUUCCUGCUAAUCUCAAUAAGACCUUCACCAUCAGUCAAGGCAAAGAGUACUUUCUGAAGUAUGCCGUGCGAUUGAUUUUAAAAGCAGGAUACCAAGGUGCAGACUUUUACACCCAGCUCACCUUAGCAACCUCGUCGCUGGACUACACAGAUACAACUGCAAUGUCGGGUAAUCUAGCAGUAUUCAUGACCAAUGCUCUGCGAACGCAAGAUGCAUGGCAAUCUGUGGGUACGGCGUGGCAGUCGACCACAUUCAUACGAGUCCGUUGGAUUUGGCUGCUACUUCCAGCAAUUCUUGUACUCGCGACUGGAAUUUUGCUGGUCUUGACGAUCGUACAGAGCACGAGGCAUGGCACCGUGCUUUGGAAGACAUCGAUGUUGGCGUUUCUCUUCUGUUCCACACACGCGUGGACGACGCAGACAAGUCGUGACGAGAAUGCUCGAUCUCUCAAGGCGAUGGAAACAGUAUCCAAGAAGAUGGACGCGAGAUUGGAAAAAGACGAUCAAGGUCGAUAUCAGCUUGUUCAAAUUUGAAGGUUCAAAGAAGGGUGGAUGGAUGUUGACGGGAGGCUCUUGCUCAAACGCCGACGCAAGAGAGAAAGAGUUGCCGAGGACAUGUGAAAGUAUGGAGGA